ACGGCUGGGCGGGCAGACAUGAACGACAGGCGCGUCGCCCAAAAAUUCAGGAGAAGGAAGCUCCAGCGCUUCUCCCAUGCCUCUAGCACUGAGGAACCGCUCGGACAGCCCGAGAAGAAGCAGCGCAGCGGCUCGUCCGUGGAGACCACCGGAGACAAGCAGGCGAGAGGAGCUGCCGCCACCUCCCUCCAGGUCUUCCCUCCAGAACUGCUGUACCACAUCAUCUCCUUCUUGCCCGUGAGGGACGUGGCGGCCCUGGGCCAGACCUGCCGGUACUUCCACGAGGUGUGUGACAGUGAGGGGGUCUGGCUGCGAAUCUGCCGCCGCCUGUCCCCUCGGCUGCGGGAUGAAAACUCGGGCGGCAGCCGGCCAUGGAAGCGAUCAGCCAUCCUCAACUACACCAAGGGCUUGUACUUCCAGAUGUUCAGCGGCCGGCGGCAUUUCGUCAGCAAGACCGUGGCCCCGCUGCUCUCGCACGGCUACCGGAAGUUCCUGCCCACCAAAGACCACGUCUUCAUCCUGGACUACAACGGCACCCUAUUCUUCCUCAAGAACGCUCUGGUCUCCUCCACCAUGGGCCACUUCCAGUGGCGCCGUGCCUGCCGCUACAUGGUGCUGUGCCGGAGCGCCAAGGACUUUGCCACAGACCCCCGGAGUGACACCGUGUACCGCAAGUACCUGUAUGUGCUGGCCACCCGGGAGCAGCCCGUCAUGGCGGCCGCGGGGCGCAGCGAGGGCUCUGGUGCAGCCGCCAGCGGCCGCCUCUGUGACUGCGUGGAGGUCUACCUGCAAUCCAGUGGGCAGCGGGUCUUCAAGAUGACCUUCCAUUUCUCCAUGAAGUUCCGGCAGAUCGUGCUGGUGGGGCAGGAGACAGAACGGUCCCUCCUCCUCCUGACAGAGGAAGGGAAGAUCUACGGCCUGGUGGUGAACGAGACCCAACUCGAUCAGCCGCGCUCCUACACCGUGCAGCUGGCGCUGCGCAAAGUCUCCAAGUGCCUCCCCCACAUCUCUGUCCGCCACAUGCACUCCAACCAGAGCAGCGCUGUCUACCUCACAGAUGAAGGCACGGUGUACUUUGAGGUCCACUCGCCCGGCGUUUACCGCGAUCUCUUCGGCACGCUGCACGCCUUCGACCCGCUGGACCAGCAGAUGCCCCUGGCUCUUUCUCUCCCAGCUAAGGUGCUCAGCUGCGCCCUCGGCUACAACCACCUGGGCCUGGUGGACGAGUUUGGGCGGAUCUUCAUGCAAGGAAGCAACCGCUACGGUCAGCUGGGCACGGGGGACAAGAUAGACCGCGGGGAGCCCGCCCAGGUGCACUACCUCAAGGGCCCCACGGACCUCUGGUGUGGCCUCAACCACACCCUGGUGCUGAGCCAGAGCGGGGACUUCAGCAAGGACCUGAUGGGCUGUGGCUGCGGAGCUGGGGGCCGCCUGCCGGGAUGGCCCAAAGGCAGCGCCUCUUUCGUCCGGCUGCACAUCAAGGUGCCGCCGUGCGCCCGCCGGAUCUGCUCCACCCGCGAGUGCCUCUACAUGCUGUCCAGCCACGACAUGGAGGAGGCGCUGGACUACCGCGAGCUGCCCACCGGCAAGACUGGCAUGCUGCCAGGGGACACCGAAGCCACGGCCACCCGGGCGUGCGAGGAGUACCUGAGCCAAAUGCACAAGUGCCCGACACUGGAGGGGCGUGUGGCGAAGGUGAAGGAGGCUGUGGGCACCAUGCCCCUCAUGACAUUCCAGAAGGACUUCUUCUGGGAGGCUUUGGACAUGAUCCAGAGGGCAGCGGAGCUCCGGGAAGCCCCUCCUCCCGGUUCCAGCUAG